UACACAUCCGACUGGGCACUGCAUGUGACGGGACGCGCCUUCCGCGCUGCUGCGGGGCUGGUGCGCGCCUACUACAUGCAGUUCUAUGACGAGAGCCUCAGGGCCUACCAGGCAACCAAGGGCGUUGCCGCCACCGCCGCGCUGUGUGCCCGUCACGGCGCCCCCUCCUCUCCCAUGAGCGCUUCGGUCGCCGCCGCCGCAGCAGCCCCCACCCCGGCACCCGCUGCCAUGUCGAAUAACAGCAACGGCGCCCCGGACCGCUGCAACAGCAGCAGCCGCGGCCAUGACCCUUGUGAGGCAGCGGAGCCAGCGGUGGCGCUAGCUGCCAGCAUCCAUGCAGCCGCUGCCACCGCGUCACGCACCCACGCUGGCAGCAGCGUGACAGCUUCGCCUGCUGGCAAGAAGGCUUCGCCGCCGCCUGCCUCGGUACCCCCGG